ACGCAAAACCAAACGAGAUUUGCAUCGAGGUAUUCCAUUUCCUAGCCGCGUUUGGGAUCAAAACGUCCAUCAAAACACGCGUUUGGACAACCGCAAAAAAGUUCUCGUUUGCGAUUCAUCACGUUCUCAAAGCAAAAUCUCUCUUCGGUUUUACCUCAUGUAUAAACAAUAGGAUUUGCAUCCCAUUUCGACCCAGAUUUGUUAUAGAUGAAGAAUGCUAGAAUUGUUACGACAGAGGUUCCUCGAGGUAAGAGUAAUGACAAAACCAAGGCAGUAUGGGACAGGAACUUAACAAUGAUAUUCUGUGAUCUUUGUAUAAAGGAAAAAGAUCAUAAUUGCAGGAGAGGAACUUAUUUUAAAAAGGAAGGGUGGUCAAGGUUGGUUGCAAAUUUUAACAAAGAAACUGGUAAAGAAUAUGAAAAGUCACAGCUGAAAAAUAGGUGGGAUCUAUUGAAAAAAGAAUGGAAGCUAUGGAAGCAGCUCAAAGUGAAUCAUACCUGUUUGGGGUGGGAUCCGAGAAAGAACAAUAUUGAUACUUCAGAGGAAUGGUGGGAAAAGAAGUUAAAGCUCAUGCCUGAUGCUACAAAGUUCAAAAAUGGUGGUAUUGAUCCAGAACUGGAAAACAAAUUGGAUUGGAUGUUUCAGGGAAUACCAGUCAAUGAUGACAUAACUUUGGCACCAAAAUUUGGUUUACCGUCGAGUGAUGGAACUGAUGAUGAUGAACCACCUAAAGUAGAAGUAGAGGUUGUCGCUGUAGAGGAUAUUCAAAUGCCAAAAAAGGCAAUGGAUGAACAUCUGAAUGAGAUAGAUAACCAUUACAUGGAACAGAAUCCUCAGCCUCAGUCUGAAUCUGAACACCAGUCGGAGCCACCACUGCUGAAGAAGAGGUCCCCAGAGUCAGACUCUUCUCAUCUCAACAAGGGUAAAGAGAAAGUACCAAAAAUUGUUGGGACAGUUGCAAAACUGUCCAGGCAGAUUGAUAAAUUGUGUAAUGCAGCUGAGAGUAUGAGCACGGCAACUUCAACCAAGUUGACUUUUGAGCCAUACAACAUUCCCGAAGCAGUUCGAUUGCUGGAUAACAUGGAGGAUGAAGUUCCAAAGAAGAGCCAAUUAUAUUAUUUUGCCACAAAACUGUUCCUUAACAAGGACAAACGGACGAUGUUUAUGUCAUUAUCGACUGAGACUAGAGCUUGGUGGCUUAGAAUGGAGAUGGAGGAGAGCUCCAAAUUUGCUUAAAGCAUUCCAAAAGCAACUGUGGAUGCUGGAAGCAAUAGCGUUGUAUAGCUUUUAUUUCAAUGUACUCUGAUCAAGUGAUGAUGAUGACGCUAGGAACUUAACUGAUGGAUGCAUAGCAUCCAGCUUAAUUAUCAUCUAGGACCCCUUUUGUCUUUAGGUUUGUAAGAAAUGGCUUUGUUUGGAGCAUAAUCAUCCUUUUCUGUUUAGUUAUUGGAUGCUAUAAAUUGUAGAACAUGGGGAAUGUAUUGGAUUGUUUGAGGCCUCUAACAAAGGCUGGAUUACACCCUAAGUCCAGAGAGCCUAUCUUGGCUUCACCAAACUUGACCAAUUUCUGUCAAGUUUGGUCCAAUUGAACACCCAUUUAAGCCCUUUAUGGAAUUUUAUGCAUUUAUUUUCUGACCUUGAAAUGUUAAAUUUGUGGGGUUGAAAAUGAUGAAAAAAAAAAAGAAAAAAAAAAGAAGAAAAGCUAGCAAAGAGUUUGGAAGUAUAAUGAUAAUCUAAACUUUUUAGUGAUAAUGGCAAAUCUUGAUCACCACAAAACAAGAAAGGCAGAUGAUUUGCUUGUCUAUAAAGAUAUCAAAAAAGAUAACAACCA